GUGUAAUUCGCCCCGCGACGACUAGUGCGCGCGUUUCCCCCGCGUGACUGCGUAUACAGUGCUCUUCGCGCGCACACCACUACCACGACUAUCACUAAUACUGCUACUACUACUACUACUACUACUACGACAACAAUAACAACAACUGUUACUACCGCUGCUACCACUACCACAUUAUAACUAUAUAGUGCUGCCGGUAACCGGCCUGUAGCAGAUCAGUCUACUACCGUAAGUCGGCCGGUGUGUGCGUACCCGCGCGCUUGCGAUCCGUCGAGCGGCAAAAUACAGGAAAAAAAAAUAAAAAGGAAAAACGUUUUCAAAAUCGAAUUGACUUCGCUGAUAACGGGAGACGCGCGACCCGCGUGUGGCGGCGAUUGCGUCAGCGGUGCGUUUGAUAUCGCUCCGAUCUCAUCGUAAAUUAUAUAGGUACGCGUAUCGUCGUCGUCAUAGUUAUUACCUAUACGCAUUAAUUAUUAUCGGUUUAAUUAUAACAUCAUAAUCAUAAACGGUCGUAUAAAAAUCAAAGGUGGUCGGUUUGAAUUUUUUUGCCGCGUCUUAUCGUUUCGCCGCCCGAUUAAAACGCGUUAUUAAUAUCAUUAUUAUUAUUAUCAAUAUUAUUGUUGUCGCCGUGGUCCGUCGAUUGGUCUUUAUUUCUUUUUGAUCCCGAUAAAUCAUCGGCGCAGUUGGUUAUAUUAACUGAUCGUUUCAUACAGUUCGAUGAUGGCCGUUCGGACGCCGGCGCCGAGCAAACCGCCGGCGUAAAGCUCAGACGGGAGUUUCACCAAAGUCGAGUAACUCUAACACUCACCCCCGCUUGACGAAGCCGGGCGAAAAGAAAUCGCAACAGUCACCUGAACACGAUGAACACGGCGGCAGCGGUGGCGAUUUCGGUGCUGCUACUGCACUCGGCCACGAUCGGUUUUGUGACUCCGGUCGAGGUACAUUUUGACAACCCGGACGGAGGGUUCUUCGUCCGACAUCCUAUCGGAGGUGGUCCCGGCAAUAACCGUCAACAACAACAAUUGGGCGGCGGUGACAAUGACGACAAUGACGACGACGCCGGCGGUGGGGCCGUGCUCAGCGUGGACAGGUUCACCGUAUUGCAGGACGUACCGCAGACAUCGAUCAGGGCCAGUUACGGACCGUUCUCCACCAAGCAAACGGUACCGUCGCGUUACCUGAUACCGGAUCCAAACUCGUCCGGAAUGUCCGGUGGCGUUAACGGUUCCGGUUUAUCGACGGGCUACUCGUCGACCGUGGACAUAUCAUCGAUGGACGUGUCCGCGCACUUGGUCCAGAGGCGCGUGUACCGCGAAAACCCGGUGGUCCGGACGUUGUUCCACGUCGGUUACAGCGUGGUCAGAUCGCAGUCCGGUUCCGGUCCGCCUCCUUCGAUUUCGCUGUCCGCCGCGGACGCGACCGCCGGCGGUUCCGUGCGGUCGGCUUCCAGCUCGUCUUCGUACGGAAAACUGUGCGCGGUGGCCAAGGCCACGUUCGAGGGAGCCGAGCGGCCGGUCACUGCCGCGUGCAAGCCUGACCCCAAGGACGGCGUGUGCACCGCUCGGCUGGUGUUGCCGGCCAAGUGGUGGCCGCCGCUGAACCCGCCGGACGCCAAGCCGGUUAAGACGCCACAGCGGUACGUGCAGAUAUCGUACGCGCUGCUCGAGUCCGACCACCGGUGCAGCCAGUCGGACGUGCAGCUGCAACCGUUCACGUACAUCGGACAGGCGUCCCUAGAGCACGCACAGCGCCCGUACAAGGAGCUCAAGACGGACGCGUACCUGUUGACACUCGUCCCGUCUGUGCCACUGUAUCCCAAGUCGUUUACGUACGUGCCCGUGUUCUUCGACGCCGGGCCCAAGGAGCAGAACAUCAAAGGGUUUAUACUCAGAGCCAAAGUGAAGAACGGGUUGCGCGUGUUGAACGCCGAAAACAGCGACCCGGAACGAUGGACCAUCAACUACACGUCGAACCCUAGGGGCACUCAGAUCACGGUAACGGCCGUGCACAAGGGGCUGCCCGCCGCCGCCGGCACCGCGUGGCCGAACUCCCGGUACGAGGAGGUGUUGCAGUGGCUGCUGCAGGUAGACUCUGAGGCCGAGGACGUGUGGGAGGAAGGCCGAGUGGUCUGGACAGUGCAGUACGUCAUGGAGGCGGCGAGCAACGUGACCAACUGGACGUCGGCCGCUGCCGUCCAGGGAAGCCAGCCCAAGGCCGACCGCCACCGCGCCGCUUACAAACAUCAUCGGCGGCAAGCGGCCGUGCUAGCUGGACGGCGGAGGACGGCUCGGCUGUCUAGAGCCGCCACCAAGAUGCUCUACCUGGACGGCGUCAACGGCGUGUUGGACGGCGUCAAGCGCAAGAUAUCCGCCCGGUUCGAGAUACACAAGGACGACACCGAAGCCGUGCUGCCCAUAUCCAAGAACUGGGAAAUAAUCAACACGGCCGUAUUGACUGGAAAGCAGAUAUCACACGCGAUGAAAGUGUUUGUUGUCAGCUAUGCGGGCAAAAUAUCCGACGUCACCCGACAGUCCGUGUGUCAGAUAGAGGACGACAGCGUACUUAAGGUAACAUCGUCAUGCAGUUCGGUGUACGUGGACGGAUCAGAAAUUCGGGGCUCGUCCAAUGCUACGGUGAUCGUCAAAUACGAAUCGUAUACAGGUACGGCGCAUUUCAUUGUGUGGGUUCCAGAAAUCAACGAAAUGGACCUAACCAUUGCUGACCAGAAACUGAACCAGAUCAAAGGCUGGCGAGUGCCGGUAAGCCUAGAAGCUGAUGACGACAUGGACGAUUACGUCAACAAAUUGAAAAGAUCUGCCGAAGGCAAGGGUGGCGGUCACAUGAAAUCUCCGAUGCCGGAUGGCGAUUUCCGAUUAAACGAAAUGAUCACCGAGGAUAUGGUGGCCGAUGCAUAUGACAGGAAGACCAGCUGCCAGUUGAGAUUUCAACAGACGUCGGUCGAGAUAUACGCCAGGUUCAAGGCGACGGACCAUGAUUCGGGCCGGGUGAGCUACUUCGUGAACCGUCGGACGUGGUUAAAGGUGACCGAUCUGCUGCUGCAUUACCUGCGGUCGUCGGAUCCGCGGGUCGCGUCCAUCACUGGGCAAAUCGUGCGUGGACAUAACGCUGGCCGGACCGAGGUGCAGGUGAUCUCAGCGUUAUCCGGUCACGUGCUCGUGUCGAAGGAGAUCCGAGUGGUCAGCGACAAGGUGAGCGUGGCCCGGCUGGCGGUUAACGUCGUGUCCGGGCUGCAGCUGAACAUCCGGCCGGACGCGGCUGUGGAUAACAACUACAUAGCCGAGACGUCCGUGACCAGGAAGCUGACGGCCAAGUACCAGGAGGGCCUGCUGGACAUCGACUUGUGGUUCACAGACGACACGCGCACACCACUGCGGUCGGUGGCCAUGUCCGACUACGCGCUCCGCGUCGAGUCCACCAACCCCGACGUGGUGGCGUUUGCCCCCAUGGCCGCCUCGCCGCAUCCGCGAGUCAUAGCCGUCGGUUCUGGUAAGGGGCAGCUGCUGCGCGUGUCGUUCGGCCCGCCCGACGUCUGCGGCAAACACGAGGCAGUUAGCGGAGGCCGAAAGACCGUCCUACCGACCACGCUCAGCGAAACGGCGGCCGAAGUCCAAGUGGACUUUUCGUCGUCUCCAUACUCAGUCGAACAGUUCGUGCAGAACGACGGUGGCGGUGGCGGCGGCAGUGGCGUGCUGAACGUAGGACCACCCCGCGACAAAAAGGAUCACAACAAAGACUCGGCGGGAAUGUCUGGCAUCAAAGACGAAAACAACGAUGAACCCACAGUGCAAGCUCGACAACACAACAAUAACAACAAUAAUCAAAACAAUAUUAUCAACCACGGCGGCAACGGUAUUGGGAGCACAACCGUGCACGCCCACAAAGUACCCGCUCACGUGAGUCCAUUUGAACUCGGCUUGUAUACCCUUUUGGCAGCUCUUUGCUUCGCCAUCGUAGCGUUCGUCAUAUCGUGCGUCGUCUACGCGUCCAAAUACAAACAGAACUCGUUGGAAAUGCCCACUACUACGUUGAUGACAAAAUCGUUCAUGGGUAACAUGAACGGGGCUAAGGACGGUGGUGGAGGUAUUAGUGGAGGUGUCGGUAGUGCCAAACCUUUGUCAGAUGAACCGACUAUGAACGCCCAUGAUUGGGUGUGGCUAGGCAGAUCUACGUUAGAACGUUCGUCCGGCAUGCUUGUACCGUCCAUGGGCAACAAAUCACACAACAACAACAAUAAUAACAACCAAAUCAACGAGCACAAUAUGAGAAUUAUGUCAAAUCCCAUUUACGGCGUGGACAAUAACAGUAGUGGUAACAGUGGCAACCAGCAGCAGCAACAGCAAGUUUGCAGCAGAAAUCCUCCUCCGCAAAUCAAUACUUCCACGUACAGCGUUAAAGACCGGCUGUCCAACGGCAAUAUUGUUUUCAAUAAACUAUGGAAAGUACUUCCAACACCGAACGACCAAAACCUGGAGAAACCCGCUGAUUACAGGCCACCGGUGCCGCCGCAUAGGACGCAAUUGAAUAACGUGGACAACAUAAUGAUUGGUGACGAUGACAAUGACGAACAAGCGCCACCACCUCCAAAACGGCAACACCAUCACCACCAUCACCAUCACCGUAACCGCAGUCAAGGUGGUGGCAGAUCCUCAUCGGUUGCUGGUAACCCUAAACUGCCGGAGAGGAACUCCGACCCACUAUUCGUCGAAACCUGUAACCGGAGAUCAAUGGAUGUAAAACGGGCGGCAAUCAUUGGGAACCCGAUGUUUGCCUUCGAUCCUGCGUCCGCAGAUCAGAAGCAUCAGAACGCCGGUAACAGUGACACUAUCAAACUCGAUGACCUCAACCUUGGCAUGGAUUAUAAACAGCUGAUGGAGUAUUUUGACAACCUGAAAGAGUCAAACGCUUAAUUUGUCGUGGCCAAUCACAUACCUAUGUCGUUUUGCACACCCUUCCCUAUUAUCAGUAACCAUACAUGCACUCACACCACUGCAAUGAACCUACACGUGGGCCAUUUACCUAACUCCCGUCCUCGCUCGCGCCGCUCCCGGUUCCCUCACUACUUCUGUUAAUGAUCUUAUUGUCGCACAUAAAAAGUCAAUUAAUUCAAAGGUUGUCGUUGUAUGAACUAUAUACGCUAUAAAUAACUAUGAUAUUAAAAAUACGCUCUAUAUUAGUUUACGUCAAAAAGUAUAAAUCGUAAACUUCAGUAUUUCAUUGAAAAAUGCGAUGAAAAUAAUGUUAACUAUUUUCACGUUUACGGUUGUGAGGUGAAUUUUGACCCAAAUUUCUAGAAUAAAGAUUUAAGCUUAGGUUGUUUCCGGUUGUUGAAAACACAACGAUACCUAAUGACCCAAUUAUUAUAAUUAUUAUAUAAACACGAUAUCUAUAGUCGAUACAUUAUUAGCCUUUGCUACUAAUUGUAUCUUCUAAAAUUUCUUUCUAAAAUAAACCUAAUCUAUCUAAAUUUAUAUACAAAAUAUAAUUAUAUAUUGAUGUUUUGAACUAUCUACUUAAGAUUUAUUUCUCGGACUUACAUUAUGAAGAAAAAAAAUUAACUUCUAGACUAUAAUACUAUAUUAUAUGUAUUCAAACAAGCUUGUAUAGUCUCUCUCUAUAAUAGUAAAUUUAUACAAAAAUAUUAGUUCCUUAACCCAAAUCAUUGUUAUAAAUAUUAUUAUCACAAUGAUAUAACAGAUAGAAAAAUAAUAAAAAUAAGAAUAGAUAAUUCGUGUUACAUCUGUGCUAAAUGAUACCUUCGUUAUUUCCUAUUUUUUAUAAUAUGUACGACAAUUAUUGCCACUGUUAAUAAUAAUUAAGUUUCCAAUUUCGCUCUACACGUGUUUAUCUGAAUGUUCCUAAUUUAUUGUAUCACUAUUUUGAUAAUAUUAUUUAAGCGAUUUCCCUUUUAAAUCA